UGUCUCAGCUUGAAGAAAUAUUAUAUAAAACAAUGCAAUAUGCUUAAGGGCGUAUAUGAGAAAGCAAUUUCUACCAAUGAAGCUGCAGCUCGCAUUGAAAAUGCCAUCAACAAGUCUAUAAAGGAAUAUAAAUCAUCUGGAGAGAAAAAUGAUAUUGACUGCAAUGACGAAGUUGUUAAAGGGUCCGCUAAAAAGAAAUUAUCCUGGUAUACUACUACAUUGAUUAAGUCAUCUCUAAGUGAUGAGCAUCCAGAUGAGAUUAAAAAAAUCAAAAGUAAUAAGAAUGGAUAG